CCCAUGAUCUGCUGGGCUGACGGCGGGGAUCGAGCUUGACCUCAAGCACGGGCGCCUCCGCAACAAAGCUUCUCGCAUCUGGAGAUUUGACCUGGCCACUCGGGCCCUCCUGGCACGAGGCAAGAUGCGUGGCGAGCACAUGGAGGUCUGGCUGGGGCACGCAAUCUCUUCUGUUGAUGCUCGCCCGGCCAGGCUACGCCGCGCUGUCAGCCGCCUACCGGCUCGCGGAGUCGGCUUGGGGCAAGCGCACCGCUUUGCACCGGGAGGUCAAGCAGGAGAUGCGCAUCGUGGUGGGCCUUGCGUGGCUGACGGAGGCGAACCUGGCGGCGCCCUACGUGCCAGGCGUGCACGCCAGCGACUCCGCCGACCUCGGGCACGGGCUCAUGAACAAGAGGGCCCGCGCCGAUGAGCUCCGCACGGCCAACCGCUGGAAGGAGAAGUGGAGUUUUCCGGCAGCAUCUUCGAGGCCCUCGCGUCGGCCUGGUCUCUCCCUCGGAUGUUGCCGACAUGGGGGGGGGCUACGGCCCGACAGACCCCCGCUGCGAGCCUCAAGUUUCAAGCACGAGCGGCAGCGAGGCUGGGCUCCGAUGUCCAGCCUCCUCGCCCUACAGCGGCGCUGGCCCAGCAACCGCCUUCGGCCGGUGGAUGCAGGCCAAGGCGGAGGGCGGCUCACCGUCAGCUGGCCAUCUUCGAGCCCGACCUCGUCGCGCCCGACACCAUGUCAGUGGUUGUGCCGAUGACGAUGACGCCAUGCCGGAGGUCGGCCCCCGCCGCCCCCGGCCUCGUGGUUCGAC